AUGAACGUGAUGCCCGAACAGACAGCCCACGGUAGUUGGAGCAGCUACCCAAAUGUCUCAAUGACCGGGUUCGGCACUUGCAGCAUCGUGGUCGUAUACAACAAACACGGUUUCCUGGCCGCUAACAUCUCCACUGGGAAUGACUUGGAGCAGGGUGCCAUGACCAAGCUCUGCACGACCUACACAGGUAUCCAGAGCACGGUGUUUGGGAACCAGCCGGUCCAAGUGUUGAUUCUGUGCGAGCAAUUGAAUAUAGAGAAAGGCGGUUUGAUGAGGAGUGCGGGAGAGAGACUUGCUCUGCCAAGCGAGAUCGUUGUGAGGUAUUAUGAUGCCCCUUCGUUCUUGGGACCAUCGCCCACCACACCUGGUUGUUAUUUCUCCAUUGAGCUGUUUGGGAAUGGGUUCAGUGCUGCUCUGAGGGGGGCUAAUGGGAAGUCGGUUAAUCCUUGGACUGCUCCAACAGGUGUUUUAAGAUGUCCCUAG